AUGCUUCGUCCAACCGUCAACGCCAGCACACAAGGCUUCUGGAACACCUUGGCCAUAUCGCCAGGUCAUUAUGCCCGUCAGAUUCUCCCCUGUGGAUUUGCCUCAGCAGGCGACAUUGGCUUGAGUAACUUGUCCAUCAGCUUCAUCUCCUUGUCGCUAUAUACAAUGCUCAAGACAUCGAGUCUUAUAUUCGUGUUGAUCUUUGGUCUAAUAUUUCGUUUGGAGCGCUUCAAUUGGCGCUUGAUCAUUAUUGUUGUCGUGAUGACAGGGUCUGUCAUGAUGAUGACUCAAAAGCCGGAGUCUGCAGAGUCUGACGCCUUGGCCGAUGAUCACGACCCAGUGGGCAUAGUGCUUGUGAUGGCUGCCUCUGCCAUCUCUGGCUUGCGUUGGUCUUUCACGCAAUUGUUACUCAAGAAGAACGACUACACGAAACAUCCUAUUCUGACAAUCUUUUACAUUUCACCAUCGAUGAUUGUGAUUCUAUUUAUUGCCGCCAUCUUUGUGGAGCGCUGGUCCUCAUUUGUGUCUCUGCCAAUCUGGGCCAUUCACGGUGUUCUUGGGGUACUCGGGUUGAUGGUAGUUCCUGGCUUGUUGGCGUUCAUGAUGACGCUAUGUGAGUUCAAGCUCUUGUCUGUCGCCCAGGUCCUCACCUUGUCUAUUGCAGGUAUCUUCAAGGAGCUACUCACAAUCAUGCUUGGCCUGAUUCUAUUCGGAGACAGAUUAAGUGCAAUCAACUGCGUUGGUUUGGUGAUAACAUUUUUUGAUAUACUAUGGUACAAUUAUUAUAGAUACCAAGAGACAGAGGCUUCGGCCAAAGAGAACGGUAACGGGUACACCGAAGCGAUUGAGCUCAAGCAGCAUUGA